UUUGGAUGUUUACAAUUCUCUCUGCUCUCUCGUAAUAUAAUUGCGGCGACGUAUAAUGUACCAAUAUGAGUGGUAACGGUAGCUUUUGCUAUUUAUGUUAAUGGUAACAGUUGUACCACUACCACAAAUAGUUGACAGUUAAAAAUUUGUUUUUAUUUCAAACUGCAACAUUGUGUUAUUGCGUUAGACUCGAAUUAUUAUAAAUUGGAAAGGUUUGUGAACGUAAUUAUCAAAAUGUGUGCAUAGUUGCAGUUUACGUUAUAUUUUACAGUUCGCAAUGAUGGAUGUCGAAGAACCAAUCGAUUAUACUGGAUCAUUGUACCGAUUCAUUGCCGUUUACCAGCGAAAAGAAUUCAUUGGACAAAAAGCCAUGAAUGAAGAUAUUGAGGAAGAGGUCGGUGGAGAUAACUGUCAGCAGGUGUUGGAUGUCAUCUGGGCUAAGAUCAACCCAUGGAUUAAGCGAGAGGUUGUCGUCGACGGAGACAAUUUUCGCUUCGCAGAAAAAGAGACGCCAGAUCGAGAGGAAAUCGCCAAGUUCAUCAUAUUCCAUGAUAAACCUGGCAAGAAAAACUAUUCCGUGGGCCAGAUGACCUCUGACGUUAUACGAAAAUUGAGAGACAAGCAUGUACAUGUUUUGGUACAUGUGUAUGGCAAAGCUAUCUCAUCGAAAGGCAUACAUCAAAAGAUGACGUCGGCUAUAUUGCAACCAGUCGACAGAGAUAGAGCUGGCGCCCAUAGUACGGUAAUGUUGACCGAAUUGGCAAAACAGCUCAAAGAAAUACAUGGGCACUACUUGUCUGGAAAUAUGUCAUCGUGGACCAUGUGGGCAAACGCAAUACAUUCGGCUCCAGCGAACCGACAUCAAUCAAUGGUAAACGAACUGCCACCUGCUCAUUUGGUCCAUUUAUUUCGUUCCGUCCCAACAUCCGAAACCGAACGUAUGCGUUCAACCCAACAUGGGUUACAGGUUGCUGGCAAUCUGAAUGACCUGUAUUUGGAAAAUGUCAAAACUUUGCGGCAGGAAUUUACUAAGAUGAAAGAAGAUGUCAACAGAAUGCUCGAUCUGUAUGAAAUCAGAUUAAAUGCCACUGAAGAUAUGUUGACAGCGAACAGAUCAUUGGUGCAUUCAAUGGGAGGCCAAUUGGACGUCGAAGUUACCGCGGUGAGUUUGCAGGAGGAAAGACAAAUAACGGAUAUGGAAGAUUGCGACCACAAUUGAAUGUUCGUUUAUUUUCAUAUCGGUCAUCAUAUCACUG